AGAGGGAAAACCCCCAAAUUUUUCAGAACAACAAACCCAUCUUCAUCUCUCAAACCCUAACGCUUCAAUUCUCCACAGAUCCAGCAACUGUACUCCAAAAAAUGGCUGAAAUCCUAAGCCCUAGCCGUACUCCGGGCUUCAAACAGCGAGCGCCAGUCUUAUCACCGGACCGAACUCUGUUUUUAGGCUCCAACGAUGACAAACUCGAGCGUGCUCAAGCACGCGCCGCCCGUGCUGCUGCCAACCGCCGGAAACCGGUCGCGUUUCCGCAAGCAACCGAUGCUAGUUCCGCCGAUACGUAUCUAGGUCAAGAGCAGAUCAUGGAAAUGUUACAGAAUUGCAUCAAAUUGGCCAGUGAAAAUAAAAUUAAUCAGAAGAAUACGUGGGAGCUGAAUCUGAUAGAUCAUCUCUGCGAUAUUAUUAAGGUUGAAGAGGAGAAUGACACCGAGACUAAUUUUCAGAAGGCAAGCUGCACUCUGGAAGCUGGAGUUAGAAUAUACUCAAUGAGGGUGGAUUCGGUACAUUCAGAAGCAUAUAAGGUUCUUGGAGGGAUUAGUCGAGUUGCACAGGAUGCUGAACAAGAUAUCGCACAGGAUGGCAAUACAGACAACAAGCAAGUCGAAGGCACUUCAAAGAAGGAAAAGGAACACAAGUUAUCUCCUCUAACAACAUUGGAAUCAUCCUUUGAGGCUCUUAAUGUGAAGAAAUUUGAUGUUGCAUUUGCUGUUGAUCCUCUGUAUCAUCAAACAACUGCUCAGUUUGAUGAAGGUGGAUCAAAAGGACUUUUGCUGAAUAAUCUCGGAGUUUACGGUGGAUGCCGAAUGAUUUUUGAUUCACUUGAAGUACCUGGGAAGUGCAUGUCAUGCUCAAGUGACUAUGAUAAAACAAAUACUAUCGAUAUUUCGUAUGCCAGAGAUUGUAUCGAACAGAUGGUAUCAAAUUUCACAACGAAACUUGAAAUAUCCCCAAGUCUUAAGGAGAUAGUCAAUCUGUUUGAUGAAGAUAAUAAAAGACCAGCAGAUACUUUUUCUUCUUCCCAAAAAUCUGUAGAACCAGAUAACGAAGCGUGCGAUGACAAUGAUUUUAACGAUGGUGGCCAUGAUAACUCAGAAGCCUGGGACUUUGUUAAUGACAACCAAACAAAUGUUAAUGAUGACUGCACCUAUGAAGACGAGAAUGAUCUUUUUGAUCCAGCUCAUCAUGAGGAAAACGAGCCGUAUGUUUGUCAUGAUGGUGACGUGGAUGUCAGAUCAGCGACAGUUGACGGCUUCCUAUUUCUAAGCCUUGGAUUAACCGGAAAACAAAAUGCCUGGGCUGGCCCGGAUCACUGGAAGUAUCGAAAGACUAAAGGUUUAGACGAUCCUGCUAAGGAAACCGGAUCACCAAAAGUGCCUAAACGAAAUAAAAAACAAGCUGAACCCGAUAUAGAAUUCACUAAAUCUUUAGAGUUGGAUAACGAAACGUGUAGUAUCUUUGCUCCUCCUAAAAACCCGAAAACUCUAUUACUGCCUGCAAAUAGGGAACCGGGUAACACAACACUUCCGGAAGAUUGCCAUUAUCAACCCGAAGAUCUAGUCAAGAUAUUUCUUCUUCCAAAUGUUAUGUGUCUUGGGAAGAAAGCAAGGAGGCAUUCCGAUGAAAAUGGUCAUCAAGGAGAAAGUAAUAAUAAUGAAACUUUUCCAUCUUGGGGUCAUGAUGAUGAUUGUGGUCAAUUCGAUGACGGAAAUACUUAUAACAGUGAUGUUGAUGACUCUACCACACUUGUCAGUCAACCCCGUCAGGUAAACAAGAUUGAAGUUGAGUAUGACAAAACAUCCAAACAAGUUGAUGUUCAGGCACUUAAAGAGACUCUUUGGUCAUCUAUGCAAGAAUCACCUGAAACAAAGACAUUGUCUUUUAAGCACUUGUUAACAUCAUUCCCAGCCGAUAAAAAGAAACCAGCCGCUGCAUCUAUUGAUAUUAUCUCCCCACAUUUGUGUUUCAUCUGCGUGUUGCAUUUGGCUAACGAGCAUGGUUUGAGCAUAAUUGGGUGUAGCAACUUGGAUGACCUCACAAUAAACCUACCCGCGUAAUCUUCAAUGUUUCAACAUGAAAAACGUUUACACCUUUUGUGUAGUUAUGUUUUUACCUAGAAUUUAAAGAUUGAACUAUGACUUUUAUCAUGCUAUAUUUCUUGUUAUAGCGUGUUUAACAUGAUGUUGUAACACAGUUUGAUUGUAUUUGAUUAGGACAUUAGGUGGGAUGUGUGAUUUAAAAACCGGUUAUUCUGCAUUUGUUUUGAAUAAAUAGUUUUCUUGUAGGCC